GCCAAAUUAAAUUUUUUUUUAAAAAUUGAUAUUCAAUCUUUCCCUGCACAAACAACUUAGACUAUUUUUAAUUUAAUCUCCUACAAGCCAGCAACACACGCAAAAAGUACCCAUUACCGACUUUCAUACAGCGCAGUCUGGGCACUAGUAAAGCGCUUGUAGGGACACAUUUUUCAUAAUGGCAGCACAUUAAAAAAAUAACAUUAAGAGGAAAUUUAACUUGUGACUUCAACAUUAUAACACUAAAAUCAAAGAAUUGCGUAGCCAAUGAUUUCAGCCAUUGCUAAAGCGAACUUCCUUUUUUUUUUUUGAGUGCAUGUAACUUAAUUAAGUAACUAAUGUUGUUUAAAGAGUGCUUAAAAACUAUGGAAAUUAAAUAAUUCCGUGACAACUAUUAUAAUAUUAAGUAGCUGUAAUAAUAGGAGAGUAUAGAUAUACCUUACGAAAAUAGAAAGGUUAAACACAACUGAACUCGUUAUUAAAUAUCACCCAAGUAAAUAUUGGAAUUUGCAGCAACUUUUGCUAGAUUCGCGAAAUAUUGCUUUUGUAUUUCUUUGAGUGACUACGUUUGCUUUAUUUUUUUUUUGCAAAUAAGAAUAUCUUAUCGCUUAUAGGACUCCUUUAUAUUUUGCUGAUGCGGUAUUUAAACGGCUUAAGAUAGUCAAAAACAGCGCAUGAUUAAAGACAACAGCUCUCGUAUGCAAUAUAAGAAGAUUAAAACGGUACAUCUCAUAUAUCAAACAAUUGAUAAGUGAGAUUUUUAACAGCUGAAAAACGCCUGUUUCUUAACGUUGAAAAACGUUAGUUGUUUUUCACAGUACAAGAAACAGUUUUUUUAAUGUGUAAAAAAUGAGAAGAAAAUCAUACUAUCAGGUAGUGGCCCAACCAUCGGGUACAAGCGAACGUCUGCUUUCACUAUUGAUUAUAAUAUGGCUAUUAGUCAACUUUAUAACUAGUCCGUUUGCAUUUGCAUAUGGUAUAAAGAGCUGGGAUCAAUGUCCAGUGGAAGAGAUGAUACCGAUAUUUCUUACUGUUCAGGGCGGAGUUUCGAUAUGUUUCGUUAUCCUAUUUUUCUGUUUGUUACUGUGUUGUAAUGAUGAAGAAAAACCGACAGCCUUAUUUCGAAGUGGCAUGAUGGGUAUAAUUAUCUUCGUCUGUUUUUUGGUGGUUUGGCAUGUCAUUGGAAGCAUUUGGGUUUUUACCAAUUGGAAGUUAUAUUCACAAGAGCAUGCAUGCAAUAGUUCGGUGUUUAUGUUGUCAUUUUUAUUUUUAAUAGUGCAAAUGAUUUGCUACUCUCUUGCAAUGAUUGUAACAGUUUUUCACGCCGUCAACGACGUCCUUUGAAAUUUGUCGAGUAGUGUGGAACACAGUCUAACACAGUGAAACACAGUCUAACAUUGAUACACAGCUAUUGAGUUGUGAAAAACUUCAUUAAAGGAAAUUCCAAUUUAACGAAUUUAUUUCGUGAUAUCCUCUCCUAUUACUAGCACGGUUUGUUUCAUACAGAAUUUCAGCAAUUAAAGUCUGUAGUGAUGCCAACAGGAAUAUAAUCUUAACGAGAGGUUAACCAUAUAAACAGAGCAUGUGUACCUAUACCAGCACGAAACAGUUUGAAUGUAUUUGUGAAAUGUAACAAAUUAACUAAUGAAGAAGAAGAAGAACAAAACCGAUUUUUUAGAAGCUUCGUCAUAAUUGUCUUGAAUAUCAUUUGUUUGGAUUGACUGUUGAUAGCCAGUUUAUGCUUUCGACCUGAUUUUUUAUCAGCUUUUUAGUUAUCUAAAUUUAGUUGGUAAAAAUAAAAGUGCAGAGUCCUUUGGAUAGCUGUUUUUUAACCUUAGUAGUACCGGGAGCGGGGGGAGGUCGGCAUUAAGUGCCCGCGGCUUUAUUGCAAGGGGAGGAGUAUUUCGUUUUCCGCAUGGGGUUAAUUUUUGUAAAUUUUAAAAUGUGCUAACUUGACUGUAUGAUUUUUGUCACAUGUUGCAUUAGUUCUAUAAUUCUUUAUUACACGUGUGUUCGUUACCAGGUGAUUACUAAGGUGUUGCUAAAGAGACACGUGGGUCCUGCAGAUAAAAUACAGAUUAAAUUUGAAACUAAUAUCGAUUAAGCGAUAUGACGUCAUUUCUGAUCCCAACGAUGUCAUUACAUAGCUUUCUUUACCUCGAACAAAUAUAAAUGUCAUAUUCGAAACAUGUACCAAGUAUAAUGACUUGAACAACAAUAUUUUUAGGAAAACUAUAUUAACAUUCAUCAUUUUUCAUAUAUGUACCGUAAUCUCUCUAAUAGACGCCCUUGACAUUUAAUUAAUUUUCGAGAUUUUAGGGUGCGCGAUAAUUGGAGAGGGGCGUUAAUUAGAGAGAAGGCGUUUAUUGAAAACAAUUGAAAACAAAUAUCCAUUACUUGAAAAUUGUUUUCCAGUAAUAGGUUUCAUUUUUUUGAAAAAAUCAUUUAAAAAACCUUUCUACAAAAUCAUCCUCAUCGUCGUCUUGAUCUAUUAUGUUGAAUUAAGCAUUUGCUUCGUCGAUAUCGGAGUCUGUUGAUGCGAAUGGCUCCUCAUCGAGGUUCUGAUCAUUUAACAGAGUCAUUUGAUCUUUCAAUAUCUGUUUACCAGCAAAGCAUGGUUGUUUUUCUUUUAAGCAGUGAAUUAAGCCAUCGUCACUGCCGUCAGCUUUGAGAUUUAGAGCACAUCCUUGGAAUGACUCGAUUAUUUGCUCCUUCGUUAAUUUGUUUCCUUGCUUUUCUUGAUUUUAAACUUUUGUAACUGUCUACUUAUCACUAGUUCGAUUUAAGUGUAAAAUUCUAAUAAACGCCCCUUUACAUAAAUAUUUAAUGCGCGUUAAUUAAAGAGGGACGUUAAAUAGAGAGUGGGCGUUUAAUACGGUUUAUGAUGUCUUACUGUGGGCGUUUAUUGGAUAAGGAUUUAAUUGAGAGUAGGCGUUAAAUAGAGAGACAAGAAGCCCUGUGGCUUAAAGAUUUCCGCCAUUACCAAUAAUCUGAAAAAGUACUGAACUUUGAAGAGGACUGAGUAAUAUGGGGGAACAAAAUCAUUGUAUAUUCUAAAAUUUUAAAAUUCAAUUUUUGAUUAUUAUUGUAACUGUAAAUCAUAGCUAACUUAACUUACAUAAACUUCAUUUCUUUAUAAGAACAAUUUUUAAAAGAAAAAUAAUAAACCUGAAAAUUAAUGAACAAUAAAAGCAAAAUGAAAACAACGGCAAGGCUGAAAAUUUAUCUAUUUUCUCUUUUUCUCUGAGAAACAGCUAGGAAAAUAUCUUUAAAGGUGACAACAUUUUUAUUUUUUUUUGACAUAAUCAGUUAGGAAAGUUUAUUUUCAAACAACAUAUUCUUAUUUUUUUCUUUUAUGACACAUGAAACACGAUUUUAUAGCUAUAAAUCUUUCACCAAAAAUAUUCAGCCUCAACAAUUCCUCUAAAUUAAAAUUCAUGAAUAAUUAGCUUUAGUCUACGUGCUUGCAAAAUUGUACAGAGGGAAAUGGCUUAAAACUCAAUUUAGCCUCGUUCUCAGAAAAGAAUCUGUCAAAACGAGGAUUUAAGCUUUAGCCUGGAUAAGUUUUAGGCGUCCAGGCUCUGGGUUGUCUCUAUCUAUCUAUCUAUCUAUCUAUCUAUCUAUCUAUCUAUCUAUCUAUCUAUCUAUCUAUCUAUCUAUCUAUCUAUCUAUCUAUCUAUCUAUCUAUCUAUCUAUCUAUCUAUCUAUCUAUCUAUCUAUCUAUCUAUCUAUCUAUCUAUCUAUCUAUCUGUAUAGGUAAAUAGGUUACGUUUUCUACCUCAAAGAAAAGUCAUAUUAUAAAACCGCGCGUGAUGUUUGAAGGGCUGCCAAAGGUUAUUUUAUAUUUUUUAAUAAAUUUGCAACAAGAAAACCUAAAAGUUUUGUAAAAGUGUUGCGAUUAAAAAAAAAAUGAGUAAGCUAAAGUUAAGAUAGUAGGAAUCGUAACCUACGUCGUGGUAAGUAGAAUUAGGGCGUGGUAUGGGAAAAUAUUGAUUAUAUGGGUAAAGAUCAUCCUACCACGCACCAAAAUAGCCCCCUAAUUAAUUACCACCAUUCGCCAUUAUCCAGUUUUUAACGAUUUUUUAAAAAAAAAAUUCGAGUGCAAUCACAUACAUAACAUACCCCUUAUCUUUUUAAAAG